UCGCCUGGUUUUUACCAAACAACGGGCCGGGUACUCCCGCUGGAGCCGGAGUCACUUCAUCAGAAUUGAGAGGGGUUUUAUGCCCUUUCCAUUCAGCGGGUGUUGUGUUUGCGGCGCUGCUCUCUGUUGUGUGGUGCAAACUGGCUCAUAGACAACGCCGACCGCUGGAGUUCACACAGUCGUCUGGCCCGUUUCACUGAGCGGCGUUUGUGUCCGACUGCGCUUCCGCCAUGUUGAACAGAUUCAAGUUGUGAGUGACUGCUGGGACCGAAGUGACAAGCCCCAGAAAUCGGACUAGAUAGAGUUAGGGGGCUGUUACCGCGCCGGUGACGCAGGAAAAACACCCAGAAGCAGAGGAGAAAAACGUAGGAAUUGGAUAUAUCUAGUAACAGGUUUUGGGUCCUACAAAAACUGUCGCUGGUAUAGGCCGCGUUUAUGUAAUAUACGACGAUACCAUCGUUCAAGGCUGGACGUAGCCCGUGAAUAGAGGGGGAAGUCAUAUCAAAUUCCUGGUUAUGCAAUGGUCUCAGCGGCACGUCCAGAUCUCCAGGUGCUUGUGUUCCUCUCUCGUGCGUUCGGGCUCUCUUCCCUCUGCUCUACAGCUGAGGUGGCUGUGAUUUCCCUCCUGGCCAGCGCUCCCUAAGAGGCCAAGAUUGCCAAGAUCUGCCCGGUGGCGAGCAUGACGGCCACCACACGUGGCUCUCCGGUGGGGGGCAACGACAGUCAGGGCCAGGGCCAGGCACCUGACGCUCAAAGCCAACCCCCAUUGUCACAGAACCAGACAUCAUCUCCAAACUCAUCUAAUGAGAACUCUCCAGUGAGCCCACCAGAUGAGCAGGCCCAGGGGGAUGGACCCCCUCAGCUGGAAGAGGAGGAGCCCGCCUUCCCUCACACUGACCUAGCCAAGCUGGAUGAUAUGAUCAACAGGCCUCGUUGGGUCGUUCCAGUUUUGCCAAAAGGAGAGUUAGAAGUCCUCUUGGAAGCUGCUAUUGACCUGAGUAAAAAAGGACUGGAUGUGAAGUGUGAGGCUUGUCAGAGAUUUUUCCGAGAUGGUCUGACCAUCUCCUUCACAAAGAUCCUGACAGACGAGGCAGUCAGUGGCUGGAAGUUUGAGAUUCAUAGGUGUAUCAUCAAUAACACACACCGGUUGGUGGAGCUGUGUGUUGCCAAGCUCUCUCAGGACUGGUUCCCUCUACUGGAGCUACUGGCCAUGGCCACCAACCCUCACUGCAAGUUCCACAUCUACAACGGCACACGGCCCUCUGAGACUGUCCCCGCUGGAGCACAGAUGGCCGAUGACGAGCUCUUCGCCCGACCACCGGACCCGCGCUCUCCUAAGGGCUGGUUGGUGGACUUAAUAAACAAAUUUGGCACGUUAAACGGGUUUCAAAUGUUGCACGAUCGCUUCAUGAGCGGCCAAGCACUGAACGUCCAGAUCAUCGCUGCACUUAUCAAGCCUUUUGGCCAGUGUUACGAGUUCCUCACAUUGCACACGGUAAAGAAGUACUUCCUUCCAGUCAUCGAGAUGGUUCCCCAGUUUCUAGAGAACCUCACGGAUGAGGAGCUGAAGAAAGAGGCCAAGAAUGAAGCCAAAAACGACGCACUGUCCAUGAUAAUCAAGUCUCUGAAGAAUCUGGCUUCUCGCGUACCAGGGCAGGAGGAGACCGUGAAGAAUUUAGAGAUUUUUAGAUUAAAAAUGAUUCUUAGGUUAUUGCAAAUUUCUUCUUUUAACGGCAAAAUGAAUGCACUAAACGAAGUCAACAAGGUGAUCUCCAGUGUGUCCUACUACACUCAUCGGCAUAACCCUGAAGAGGAGGAGUGGCUGACUGCGGAGCGCAUGGCGGAGUGGAUCCAGCAGAACCACAUCCUGUCCAUUGUGCUGAGGGACAGUUUGCAUCAGCCGCAGUACGUAGAGAAACUGGAAAAGAUCCUCCGCUUCGUUAUCAAAGAAAAAGCUCUUACAAUGCAGGAUCUGGACAACAUCUGGGCGGCACAGGCCGGUAAGCAUGAGGCCAUCGUGAAGAACGUCCACGACCUCCUGGCCAAGCUGGCGUGGGACUUCUCACCCGAGCAGCUCGAUCACCUUUUUGACUGUUUCAAGGCAAGCUGGACCAACGCCAGCAAGAAGCAGCGGGAAAAACUGCUGGAACUCAUCCGGCGCUUGGCCGAGGACGAUAAGGAUGGGGUGAUGGCCCACAAGGUCCUCAACCUGCUGUGGAACUUGGCGCACAGCGAUGACGUGCCUGUAGACAUCAUGGACCAGGCACUUAGUGCUCACAUCAAAAUAUUAGAUUACAGUUGCUCACAGGACAGAGACACACAGAAGAUUCAGUGGAUAGAUCGCUUCAUAGAGGAGCUACGAACCAAUGACAAAUGGGUGAUCCCUGCCCUGAAGCAAAUCAGAGAAAUCUGUAGCCUCUUUGGAGAAGCCCCUCAAAACCUUAGAAAGAAAAUGCCAAUUAACAUACAAACGAACUUAGUGGGUCAAACUCAGCGAAGUCCUCAUGUGUUUUACCGCCACGACCUGAUCAACCAGCUGCAGCAUAACCACGCUCUGGUCACCCUGGUGGCCGAGAACCUCUCGGCCUACAUGGAGACCAUGAGGCAGUUCUCCAAAGAAGAACAGGCUGAGUUUGACCCUCAGACGGUCAGACCAGGAAGCCGCUACAGCCACGUGCAGGAAGUACAGGAACGACUCAACUUCCUGAGGUUCCUGCUAAAAGACGGUCAGCUGUGGCUUUGUGCCCCUCAGGCCAAACAGAUCUGGAAGUGUCUGGCUGAGAAUGCAGUGUUUCUUUGCGACCGUGAGGCCUGCUUCAAAUGGUACUCCAAGCUGAUGGGUGAUGAACCAGACCUGGACCCAGACAUCAAUAAGGACUUUUUUGAGAACAACGUUCUGCAGUUGGACCCGUCCCUGCUGACGGAGAAUGGCAUGAAAUGCUUCGAAAGGUUCUUCAAGGCUGUCAACUGCAGGGAGGGCAAGCUGGUGGCAAAGCGCAGGGCCUACAUGAUGGAUGACCUGGAACUUAUCGGCUUGGACUACCUCUGGAGGGUGGUAAUUCAAGGAAGCGACGAUAUCGCCAGCCGAGCCAUAGACCUGCUGAAAGAGAUCUACACCAACCUCGGACCAAAACUACAAGUCAAUCAGGUUGAAAUUCAUGAAGAUUUCAUCCAGUCCUGUUUUGACCGCCUGAAGGCGUCCUACGACACGCUGUGUGUGUUAGAUGGAGACAAAGACAGCAUCAACUGCGCCCGUCAGGAGGCUAUCCGCAUGGUGCGAGUUCUCACCGUACUCAAAGAGUACAUCAACGAGUGUGACAGCGAUUACCACGAGGAGAGGACUAUACUGCCUAUGUCAAGAGCCUUCCGAGGGAAGCAUAUCACAUUGAUCGUCCGCUUCCCCAACCAGGGGCGUCAGGUGGAUGACUUGGACAUCUGGUCACACACCAAUGACACAAUCGGUUCGGUCCGGCGUGGCAUCCUCAACAGGAUCAAAGCCAAUGCCGCGCACACCAAGAUUGAGCUCUUCAUUGGUGGAGAGGUUGUUGACCCAGCUGAUGACAGGAAGCUGAUUGGGCAGCUCAAUUUGAAGGACAAAACGCUGAUCACGGCCAAGCUGACCCAGGUGAGUGCCAACAUGCCUUCAAGCCCAGACAGCUCAUCUGACUCAUCCACUGGCUCCCCUGGUAACCACGGCAACCACUACAGCGAUGGCCCUAACCCUGAAGUGGAGAGCUGUCUUCCUGGUGUGAUCAUGUCGCUGCAUCUGCGAUACAUCUCCUUCCUGUGGCAGGUGGCCGACCUGGGCUGCAACCUCAACAUGCCACUACUCAGAGAUGGAGCUCGAGUUCUCAUGAAACUCAUGCCACCAGACAACACCACCGUGGAGAAUCUGCGAGCUGUGUGUCUGGACCAUGCCAAGCUCGGUGAGAACAGCCUCAGUCCCUCACUGGACUCGCGCUUCUUCGGACCCUCACCCUCACAAGUGCUCUACCUCAUUGAGGUUGUUUAUGCUUUGCUGAUGCCAGCCAGUGCCACUCUGGGCGAGGACGCCAGCGACUUCCAGUACAACUUCUUGAAGAGCGGUGGGCUGCCCCUGGUGUUGAGCAUGCUCACCAGGAACAACUUCCUCCCUUCAGCGGACAUGGAGACACGCCGCGGUGCUUACCUCAAUGCGCUAAAGAUCGCCAAGCUCCUCCUCACCGCCGUAGGCUUUGGGCAUGUGAAGGCCGUGGCCGAGGCCUGCCAGCCCAAUGCCGAAGGAAAUAUUCCUGUCUCACCGAUCAAUCAGGCCACUCAUGACCAGGCCCUGGUCCUCCAGAGUGCCCUGCAAAACAUCCCUAACCCGGCCUCAGAAUGCAUGCUGCGCAACGUAGCCAUCCGCUUAGCCCAACAGAUCUCUGAUGAGGUCACAGAAAAUAAUUUCUUCCAGGCAUCGAAGUACAUCCCAGACAUCUGUGUGAUCCGAGCGGUGCAGAAAAUAGUGUGGGCAUCAGGCUGUGGCACAGUGCAGCUCGUCUUCAGUUCAAAUGAAGAAAUCAGCAAGAUAUACGAGAAGACAAAUGCAGCUAAGGAGCCAGAUGGGGAAGAUGAGCAGGUGUGUUGCGAGGCCCUGGAGGUGAUGACACUGUGUUUCGCCCUCAUGCCCACGGCUCUGGACACACUCAGCAAGGAGAAGGCAUGGCAGACCUUCAUUAUUGACUUGCUGCUACACUGCCACAGCAAAUCUGUGCGUCAAAUGGCCCAGGAGCAGUUUUUCCUGAUGGCAACUCGGUGCUGUAUGGGCCAUCGACCCCUCCUCUUCUUUAUCACCCUCCUCUUCACCGUGCUAGGGAGUACGGCCAAGGAGAGAGCCAAACACGCUGGAGACUACUUCACCUUACUCAGACACCUUCUGAACUAUGCGUAUAACAGCAACAUCAACCUGCCAAAUGCUGAGGUGCUGCUCAACAACGAGAUCGACUGGCUGAAACGGAUCAGGGAUGAGGUUAAAAGGACGGGGGAGACCGGUGUGGAGGAGACCAUCCUGGAGGGACACCUUGGGGUUACCAAAGAGCUUCUGGCCUUCCAGACACCAGAGAAGAAGUAUUACAUUGGCUGCGAGAAAGGAGGAGCUAACCUCAUCAAGGAGCUGAUCGACGACUUCAUCUUCCCGGCAUCUAAUGUGUACCUGCAGUACAUGAAGAGUGGGGAGUUCCCCACAGAGCAGGCCAUCCCAGUGUGCAGCACCCCCGCUUCCAUCAACGCUGGCUUUGAGCUCCUGGUUGCACUGGCCGUCGGAUGUGUCCGCAACCUCAAGAAAAUGGUCGACACCCUGACUGACAUGUACUACUUGGGUUGCGAGACGCUGACGGAAUGGGAGUACCUGCCUCCGGUGGGGCCGCGGCCCAACAAAGGCUUCGUGGGUUUGAAGAAUGCCGGAGCCACCUGUUAUAUGAACUCCGUCAUUCAGCAGCUGUACAUGAUCCCUCCGAUACGCAAUGGCAUCCUGGCCAUUGAGGGCACAGGCACCGAUGUGGAUGACGACAUGUCGGGGGAUGAGAAGCAAGAGAACGAGAGUAACGUUGAUCCUCGUGAUGAGGUGUUCAGCUACCACCAUCAGUUUGACGAUAAACCCUCCAGCAAGUCAGAGGACAGAAAGGAGUACAAUAUCGGGGUACUUCGCCACCUGCAGGUCAUUUUUGGACACCUGGCUGCGUCCAGACUUCAGUACUAUGUCCCCAGGGGAUUCUGGAAACAGUUCAGGUUAUGGGGUGAGCCUGUGAAUCUGCGGGAGCAGCACGAUGCCCUGGAGUUUUUCAACUCCUUGGUGGACAGUCUGGACGAAGCUCUGAAAGCCCUGGGCCACCCCGCCAUGCUGAGCAAGGUGCUCGGAGGGUCCUUCGCCGACCAGAAGAUCUGUCAGGGAUGCCCCCACAGGUACGAGUGCGAGGAGUCGUUCACAACUCUCAAUGUGGACAUCAGGAACCACCAGAACCUGUUGGACUCCAUGGAGCAGUAUGUCAAGGGAGAUCUUCUUGAGGGAGCUAACGCCUACCACUGUGAGAAGUGUAAUAAGAAGGUGGACACAGUGAAGCGCCUGCUGAUAAAGAAGCUGCCGCCAGUCCUGGCCAUCCAGCUGAAGCGCUUUGACUACGACUGGGAGAGGGAGUGCGCCAUCAAGUUCAACGACUACUUUGAGUUCCCCAGGGAGCUGGACAUGGAGCCGUACACGGUGGCGGGCGUGGCGAAGCUCGAGGGCGACGACGUCAACCCCGAGAACCAAGUGAUCCAACAGAACGAACCCUCCGAGCCCACGCCUCCCGGCAGCUCCAAGUACCGCCUGGUUGGAGUGCUGGUCCACUCAGGCCAGGCCAGUGGCGGACACUACUAUUCCUACAUAAUCCAGAGGAACGGGGGCGACGGUGAGAAGAACCGCUGGUACAAGUUCGACGACGGCGACGUGACGGAGUGCAAGAUGGACGACGAGGAGGAGAUGAAGAACCAGUGCUUCGGAGGGGAAUACAUGGGCGAGGUGUUUGACCAUAUGAUGAAGAGGAUGUCGUACCGGAGGCAGAAGCGCUGGUGGAACGCCUACAUCCUAUUCUAUGAGCGCAUGGACUCACUGGACAAGGACAGCGAGCUUGUCAAAUACAUCUCUGAGUUGACCAUCUCCUCCACCAAGCCGCAUCAGGUCAAGAUGCCAGGUGUCAUCGAGUGCAGCGUCCGCAAGCAGAACGUCCAAUUCAUGCACAACCGAAUGCAAUACAGCCUGGAAUAUUUCCAGUUCAUUAAGAAACUUCUGACCUGUAACAGUGUCUAUUUAAACCCUCCUCCAGGACAAGACCAUCUUCUGCCAGAGGCAGAGGAGAUUGCUAUGAUAAGUGCUCAGCUGGCUGCUAGGUUCCUCUUCAGCACAGGUUUUCACACCAAGAAAGUAGUACGGGGUCCUGCCAGCGACUGGUAUGAUGCCCUCUGCAUCCUGCUGAGACACAGUAAGAAUGUACGCUAUUGGUUUGCACACAAGGUCCUGUUUGCUUACCCCAACCGGUUCUCGGAGUACCUGCUCGAGUGCCCGAGUGCCGAGGUCCGCGGCGCAUUCGCCAAGCUCAUAGUCUUCAUCGCUCACUUCUCGCUGCAGGACGGCCCGUGUCCCUCCCCCACCGCCUCGCCCGGGCCCUCCACUCAGGGCUCUGAUAACCUCAGUCUAAGUGACCACCUGUUGAGAGCCGUACUCAACUUGCUCAGAAGAGAGGUGUCUGAACACGGCCGUCACCUGCAGCAGUACUUCAACCUCUUCGUCAUGUAUGCCAAUCUGGGCCUGGCAGAAAAGACCCAGCUGUUGAAGCUGAACGUCCCUGCUACUUUCAUGCUGGUCGCUCUGGACGAGGGUCCCGGCCCUCCCAUCAAGUAUCAGUACGCUGAGCUGGGCAAGCUCUACACCGUGGUCUCCCAGCUGGUUCGUUGCUGUGACGUCUCCUCGCGCAUGCAGUCUUCCAUUAAUGGUAACCCACCCCUCCCCAACCCGUACGGUGACACCAACCUGACGACCCCGGUGAUGCCGGUGCAGCAGCUGGUGGCAGAGAUCUUGUUCGUGAGGACCAGCUACGUGAAGAAGAUCAUCGAGGACUGCAGCAACUCAGAGGAGACGGUGAAGCUGCUCCGCUUCAGCUGCUGGGAGAACCCCCAGUUCUCCUCCACCGUGCUCAGUGAGCUGCUCUGGCAGGUGGCAUACUCCUACACCUAUGAGCUGAGGCCUUACCUGGACUUGCUGCUACAGAUCCUGCUCAUCGAGGACUCUUGGCAGACACACAGGAUCCACAAUGUGCUGAAGGGCAUUCCCGAUGACAGAGAUGGGCUCUUUGACACCAUCCAGCGCUCCAAGAACCACUACCAGAAACGGGCCUACCAGUGCAUCAAGUGCAUGGUGGCCCUCUUUAGCAACUGCUCGGUGGCUUACCAAAUCCUACAGAGCAAUGGUGACCUGAAACGGAAGUGGACGUGGGCAGUGGAGUGGUUGGGGGACGAGCUGGAGAGGAGGCCGUACACGGGGAACCCCCAGUACACCUACAACAACUGGUCCCCCCCAGUUCAGAGCAACGAGACCUCCAACGGCUAUUUCCUGGAGCGUUCGCACAGCGCACGAAUGACACUUGCCAAGGCCUGUGAACUUUGUCCCGAGGAGCUCAAGUGUACUCAGGGAAGCCCGGGGAAGGAGCCGGACGAACAGGAAGCGCCGGACGAUCAGGACUCGUCACCUCCCGAGGACACCUCCCUGUACCCGCACUCUCCUGGAACCACACAGUUUCAGCAGAACAACCACCCCCAUGGACAGCCGUACACCGGGCCUGCUGCGCAGCACAUGAACAACCCUCAGCGUCCUGGUCCUGCCUCUGCCCCGACUCCGGGCCCCACCCAGACCUCUCCAUCCCCAUCCCCUGGCCCUGGUCCGACUCCCGGUCCAGGCCCGCGAGCACAAGAGAACUGGGAGAGCUCCGAGGAGGUCGCUCAGGCCCCGACCGAGACCCCGACCCUGGUCCCGACCGAGGCCCCGACCCAGGUUCCGGUGCAGGCCCCGGCGCAGGCCCCGGCCCCCACACCCUCCACCUCCACGACCCCAGCGCCUGCCCCACCUAAGGAGUAACGGCCCCUCUCUCCUCUUCUGCUGUGCCUCAAGCAUCCAUCGUCCCGCUCUCCUUCCUCUCAUCCUUCGGUCAACAGAGAGCUCUUUGUCGCGCCCCUCUUUCUCUCUCUUUCGCCCCUCUCCCUCUCUCCCCCCCUCUCUCUCCUCUCUCGCUCUCUCCCUCUCUCUCCCCAUCUCUCCUUCCUCUCUCUCCUCUCUCUCCUUUCUCUCCCUCUCUCUCUGGCCCCAGGGCAGUGCAGAGCCAGGGCUCCCAGCCUCCUAUCUCCCGUUGGCCUCUAGGCGGCGCUCUCCCCUGGCCUGGGGCUGCCUGGCCCGUCGACAGGGGCCUGCUGAGGGGAGUGGACAAGAGUUCUACUAAAGAAAAACCGAUUACCCGGAGCUGACGAUGAAAAGGUGUACAUAGUAUGUUAAUGUUUCUGACUGUUCAGAUCCCCCGGUAGCAUAACUCUGUGUGGUUUGCUCUUGGGAGAUGUCGCAGAUAAUAUGGAGAAAAAAAAAACACAAAAAACAAAAUGGAUAUUAUAAAUAAGAAAAAUGCCCAAAAAAAACUGUAAGAAGACAACGACUCCUCUUUGUUUUAUCACCCAUGCUCAGCAGUAAAGUUUGUUCUGCCAUCGGACAGUUAACUGGUCAUUCAACUGUAGAAGGACGCAUUGUUAUUAUCAUAAUUAUAUUAUUAUUAUUCUUAAGCUCCUUGGCAACCUUAUGACCCAUGCCAAAUCAACUCACGAGCUGUGGUUGGUUUUAGUGUGAGAUGUGGAAUGGUUGGGUGGACUUUUACGGUGUUUUGGUUGAUGUGAAAAAGCAGUGAUGCAACAUUGUUCUGAAACUCAUUGCCUUUCUUUUUUUGUUUUAUUUGUUUUAUUUUUUUCUUUCUGGUAAUUAAUUCAAUCCUUUUUGAAGCUCUAGUUAAUAUGCUGUAACAUUUAGCAUGGCUUCUCACCAGAAUAGUGUAGCUCAAGGGAAGACUUGUGAUCAUAACAACCUAAAGCUGUUCUUAAUCCACAUCUCAAGAGGGGUGUUGUUACCCUUAGGUGUUUUUUUUCUUUUCUGUUUUUUUCUUUUCUUUUUUCUACUCAUCUACCCUAUCUACAAUGAGGGUGAUAUUUUGAACCAAUGUAUGAAUAAGUGGCUUUUCAAUUGCACAUUAUAAUCCUCCAACUUCAACAUUUGGCAGUCCGUUUUUUGGGGGGUUUCUUUUGGCGGGAUAGACGGCUUGGCUUUCAUCGUUAGGAAUUCUGAAAAAUGAAACACAUAUGCAACAGAAGCGCUGCACCGGGCCGUCCCGGUGUGUAAUAGACUGUGUGGUUUGCUUCUGUCUCUUCAAUAGAGCCUAGUCGUAGACAGACUUGUUGGCCGGUCGGCCGCCUCUUCUGCCGUGGAGCCGGUCCGGCGUCUCGGCCGUGUACGGGGCUGAUCCCGGGGGAGACCCUCGCCCCCCCGGGCUCCACGGAGAACAGGUCCCACAGCAGGGUUGUUCCGUAAGAAUAGCGGCUGGUUAGUCAUGUUGCAACUUGAGCUAAUUUGUAAUUCUGUAGGAGUAAAAGGUAAACAUCAGUAAAUACUGUAUUUAAUUGGUAACUUGAAUGCAUGUAUUUUUUUUUUUUUUGGGAAUUCUUUCUUUCUUUUCUUUUUUUUUUGUUGUCUAAAACAUACCAAAUACUCCUGCAAAUGAAAAUAUUCUGCCCAUCGUAUUAUAUUUAAAUAUUUUGCUCUUAUUUUAUAGAAUUUAUUUUGUUGUAUUUCACAAAAAAAAUAGAAUUUGAUUUAAGAGGAACAUUUUUGUCCUUGUGUUAUUUUUAAAGGAGAUAUUGACUGUACAGAGUUCUGCGCCCUGUUUUUUGCCGACUUUUGUUUUGGCCAUGGUGUGACGUUGAAUUCUGGAGCUACAGUCGCGAUGUGGACUUUCACUUUGUGAGGUUUUUUGUGCACAGAAAUAUAACAAAAAAAGCAUUGCGCCCUUAGCAAAUAAAGAACAUGGAAUCUUG